UCGUGUUUGGUGUUUUCUAAAAUUUCCUCCGUAUUUUAUUUAAAUUAACUUAAGAAAUUUAUCUUGUUUUGCUUAAAGAAUAAAUUAAGCUAUGUCAGUAAUUCUAAGAAAAGUGAAAAUGUGCUUAAAAGUGGCUAGUAAUUAAAUGAAUUGAGUGAAAACAAGCUACUUACUUUGGGUGUUAAUUAAACGGUUGUGAUAUCAGUUUUCAAUUAGAAGCAAAAAAGUGUGAUAAAUUUAAUCAGCUAACAGGCGCGACAACGGCGACCAUCAACCAAGCAACAUUCAACGCUGAUAUAUUCAAUGCAAGGGCAGCGGACCAUUGAGCAGACAAGAUGAAAUUCGCCGAACACCUAUCGGCGCAUAUAACGCCGGAAUGGCGCAAACAAUACAUUAAUUAUGAGGAAAUGAAGGCCAUGCUUUAUAUGGCCGUCGAAGAAGCGCCCUCUGUCGACAGCGUUGAAGAUGAAGUGCUUAAGCGACAUUUUGCCAAUUUCGAUGAGAAUUUUUUUCAUUAUUGCGAUAAGGAAUUGAAAAAGAUCAACACAUUCUAUUCGGAAAAAUUAGCCGAAGCGACACGUAAAUUCGCCACACUCAAUGCCGAGCUGAAGACCUGCAUCGAAGAGUCCGAACGUUCGGCGAAAAAGUCGAAAUCAUUGAAAAAGCCUGGUUUGCCGCAUCGUAAAGCCGCAGAAUUGAAGUUGGCUUUCAGCGAAUUUUACUUGAGUUUGAUUUUGCUGCAGAACUAUCAAAAUUUAAAUCAUACAGGAUUUCGCAAAAUUCUCAAGAAACAUGAUAAGCUACUGCGCGUCGAUACCGGUGCCAAGUGGCGUCAGGAAUAUGUGGAAUCUUCACACUUUUUCAUCAACAAAGAUAUCGACAAUAUCAUCAAUGAAACUGAGACCACCGUAACGACUGAGUUGGAGGGCGGCGAUCGUACGCGCGCCAUGAAACGUUUACGUGUACCGCCACUUGGUGAACAACAGAGUCCGUGGACUACUUUUAAAGUUGGGCUUUUUUCGGGCAGUUUUAUUGUGCUUGCCGUGGUUGUGAUAUUGUCGGCGAUUUUCCACGACAUCAGCGGCGAAAAUCUCAAGGUCACGUUUCGUCUUUAUCGCGGUCCGCUACUCAUCAUUGAAUUUAUUUUCCUCAUUGGCGUCAAUAUAUACGGUUGGCGUUCGUCGGGCGUUAAUCAUGUGCUCAUCUUCGAAUUAGAUCCGCGUAAUCAUCUCUCCGAACAACACCUAAUGGAAUUAUCUGCUAUAUUUGGCGUUAUUUGGACACUGAGUAUGUUAAGCUUUUUAUACAGCGCCAGUCUAAGCAUACCGGCCUUCAUUAAUCCGUUGACAUUGACAAUUGUAAUGGUGGCAUUCUUGGUAAAUCCGUUUCAUGUAUUCCAUCACGACGCACGUUUCUGGUUGUUGCGCAUAACCGGCCGCAUGGUAGCGGCGCCCUUUUUCCAUGUCGGUUUUGCCGAUUUCUGGCUGGGCGAUCAAUUGAAUUCACUCGCCACGGCAUUGCUGGAUUUCGAGUAUCUGGUGUGUUUCUAUUUCACCAAUGGCAAUUGGUUUGAGGCGCAAGAUGCUACUGCAUGCAUGGAAAAAGAUUUUCUUAUACGUCCGAUAUUUAAUUGCCUGCCGGCGUGGUUCCGUUUUGCGCAAUGUUUGCGGCGUUAUCGGGAUAGUCGUGAGGCAUUUCCGCACUUGGUCAAUGCUGGAAAGUAUUCGAGCACUUUUGCUGUGGUGAUAUUCGCAACGCUGAGGAGUUUCAAUAAUAGAUACUACGCCAGCACGUUCGAUAACCCCUUCACUUGGUUGUGGAUUAUUGCUUCUAUCAUCUCUUCCUGUUACGCCUACACUUGGGAUAUUAAAAUGGAUUGGGGUCUAUUCGAUAAGAAUGCGGGCGAGAACACAUUUUUGCGCGAGGAGAUUGUCUACUCAACAGGAUUUUACUACUUUGCCAUCAUCGAAGAUUUGGUGCUGCGCUUCCUUUGGGCCUUAUCAUUUUACUUGACUGAAAUGAAAAUAGUUAGCAGUGAUGUGAUGACGUCCAUUACAGGCAUUUCGGAAGUUUUUAGACGCUUCGUUUGGAACUUCUUCCGCUUGGAGAAUGAACAUCUCAAUAAUUGUGGUAAAUUCCGUGCCGUUCGUGAUAUUUCCAUUGCACCAAUCGAUUCAUCCGAUCAAACACAAAUAUUGCGCAUGAUGGACGAACCGGAUGGUGUUAUUAAUCGUUAUACGAAAACCAAUCGCCCGAAACCGAAGAAAACCAAAGAUCCUGAAAAGCGCAGUUUACUACAGCCGCGUGGUUCAAUGCAGGAUCUUAGCAUCGAUAUUGACGGCACGAAGAAGUUAUAAAUUCACUCACACACACACACACCGCUGUGCUAAAAGCAACGUCAAUUUUAAUAAUUGUUUAAAUGCUGAAAGGCGUUGACUGCUUGCCUUGCACUAAAGUUUAUACUUCCAUUGUGAAAAUUGAAAAGAGGAAAAACUGAAAACUUGAAAAGUAAAACAAAAAAAAAAACUUAAUAUUAGCAAAAAAGCCAUAGAUAAAACAUAUUUAAAUUUUUUUUGCCAGCCGUUCUGUAUAUGAACGUAAACACAUAUGGUUCAAUUAUCUCUUUGGGCAUUAAUUUAAGUACUUAAAGUGUAGGUUGAUUCUCGUUUUGCUAUUCUACCGCUGUUGUUUUCUGCAGAGCCAACCAAUGUGACAUUAAGUAGUAAAAUUCCCAUUUAUUGCAUUGUGAACUGUUUAUUUUGUAAACAUUCUACAAUAAUUUUAAAUAUAUUCUUGGCAGUAUUACUUAUGUAAAUAAUUACAAAUAAUAUUUCGUACUUAUACAUUUUGUAAAGUUGAGCUCUUUUGAUUUUUGUUUUUAUACUAACCAAUUCAAAACAAAUGUGGUAUGUAAUUGAAAAGACAAGAAAUUAAAACCAUUUAGACUUAGUAUACACACACACACAUAUGUAUGUAUUAUAUGUAUGCCUAAUAAUGUAAUGAUCGAUAGCGAAAUUAUUUUUUGCCAACCCAAAGCAUUCCCCAAAUUGAAUUUUUAUCACAAUGUUAAACAUUUACGUAAGUUUUAUAAUUGUAAAAACAAAACAUGCAAAUCAAAUCUGUAAUAGUUCUUUGUUAUUGCUUUUUCUACGUAAUAAGCCCUAGGCGCACUUGCUGAAGUAAUGAAAAAUUAAUCUAAAUUUUUUAGAUACUCAUUUUAUUGAUGAGCGAUUUUAAGAAUAUUGUUCAAACUGAAAUAAUAUUGAUCAUCCUUCGAUUGUAAGCGUAAAAAUAGGUCAACGAAUUAUUUUAACACUAACUAUUGUAAUAUUUACUAAUACUAACUAAUACAUAUACAAUUAAAUUUCAUUUAUACAAAUAAAAAAUGUGCGAUUAUU